UCUAGGUGCAACUCCUCCUUAUCCUUCUUUAUUUAUGUUGAUGUAAAGGCUUCUUUUCUUGAAUCUCUACAUAUAGUUACCGCGUUCAGGUAAUUAUCUAUUAUCGUCCUCUUUUUAUUUCAACGAUGUGUUUUAGCUUAAGUCCUCAGUAUGAGGUUUUUACCUUAGGGAGCUUUCCGUGGGCUGGACGCACGCGCGCGUAGCAAACAGACUCCUCAUAAUAAGGUAACUAUGCAUAUCUCUGUUUUGUCCUGGGGGCAUAUCUUGUUUUGCCCCUGGGGGCAUAUCUUGUUCUGCACCUGGGGGCAGAUGAUCAUUUUGCCCCUGGGGGCAUAUCUCUGUUCUGCACCUGGGGGCAAAUCUCUGUUCUGCCCCUGGGGGCAUAUCUCAGUUCUGCACCUGGGGGCAGAUGAUCAGUUUUGCCCCUGGGGGCAUAUCUCAGUUCUGCACCUGGGGGCAAAUCUCUGUUCUGCACCUGGGGGCAUAUCUCUGUUCUGCACCUGGGGGCAUAUCUUGUUCUGCACCUGGGGGCAAAUCUCUGUUCUGCACCUGGGGGCAUAUCUCAGUUGUGCACCUGGGGGCAUAUCUCUGUUUUAUCCUAGGGGCAGAUGGAAACACCUAAAGGCUUUUAUACCUAGGUAACGUCAAGAUAAUAUAGUCACUGGUUUCAUCAUUACGUAGUGUAAUAGUAGGUACUUAAUAUAGAACUACCGUAGAUACCAUAUUCUUACUAUUCAAUCUAAUGGUACGACCUGGACAAGGCAACCAACUGUGG